AUGCUAAAGACCUGCAGCUAUUUGCCUUGUACAAUUUGCUCAUUUCUCUUUAUUUCUCUGUUUUCCUGCACUGAUCACUUAAAGGACAAUCUCUCUUGCAAACAAAAUCCCCGGAGCCUGAUUAGAGGGACUGAAGGCUCCCAGACACGGAUUGCCUGCCAGCCACAGCACGGCGGAGCGGGCCCGGCAGGAGGCGGAGCGGGCCGCCGCACGUCCCCCGGCCGGUCGGCCGGCCCCCCCGCCAUGGGUCGGAAGCGCUGCGUGGGGGGAGACAGCUCCAAGAUGGCGGCGGGUUGCUGCGGGGUGAAGAAGCAGAAACUCUCCAGUUCCCCUCCCUCGGGCUCGGCCGGCCCGGGAGGCGGCGGCAGCGGCUCCCACUGCGGCGGGGCGGCGGCGGCGGGGGGCGAGCCGGGGGCGCUGCCCCCGCCAGGGGGUCCCCGCCUCAACGGCCUUGGGGGGCUGGCGGGGGGCGCCGCCGGCUGCGCCCUCUCCCCGCCGCUGCCGCCCAGCUGCGGCGGGGGCCCCGCCGGCCUCUCCCCGCCGGCCGCCUCGCUGCUCUCCUCCCCCGGCGCCGGCUCCGGCGGGCCCGGCUGCAGGAAGAUGGUGGUGUCGGCCGAGAUGUGCUGCUUCUGCUUCGAUGUGCUCUACUGUCACCUGUACGGCUACCAGCCCCCGCGGAGCCCCCGCUUCACCAACGACCCCUACCCACUGUUUGUAACGUGGAAGAUUGGUCGAGAUAAACGAUUGCGUGGAUGCAUAGGUACUUUUUCCGCCAUGAACCUGCAUUCAGGACUCAGGGAGUACACACUUACUAGUGCCCUUAAAGAUAGUCGUUUCCCCCCAAUGACGAGGGACGAGCUGCCACGGCUUUUCUGCUCAGUGUCUCUACUCACUAACUUUGAAGAUGUAUGUGACUACAUGGACUGGGAGGUGGGUGUACAUGGCAUUAGAAUAGAAUUCAUCAAUGAAAAAGGAUCAAAACGCACCGCCACCUACUUACCGGAGGUUGCAAAGGAGCAAGGAUGGGACCACAUUCAAACCAUAGAUUCCUUAUUGAGGAAAGGAGGCUACAAAGCUCCGAUUACUAAUGAAUUCAGGAAAACAAUAAAGCUAACCAGGUACCGCAGUGAGAAGAUGACGAUGAGCUAUACAGAGUAUCUUGCCCAUCGUCAGCACCAUCACUUCCAAAAUGGUAUUGGGCACCCCCUUCCACCAUACAACCAUUAUUCCUGACACUGAGCCGCAUGACCAGUCACUGGACCUCUCUGCAGACCUCUUCCCCGGAGACCCUGCCCCUUCUUGGUCUAGCUAUCUCUAUUACUGUACCAUUUUAUGAUGAUAGUUUCCGUUGCCAUGUUGGUUAAGCUCAUCAUGGCAACGGGAGGGAAAACUACAUUACUACAAAGAUCCCAUACUUUUUUUAUUAUUGAGUCACUGCAGAUUUUUUUGCAGCAUAU